UACUUCCGCAUGGUGAUGGCGCACCUGGCGCUGCCGCAGUGGCAGUGGAAGUUCACUCCGGACGGCCUGGGGCAGUGGGCGAAGACCUGGAUGACGCUGAUAGGCCCGCACCUGCUGCCGUCUAGCGGAUUACCAUUGAACGACAGUUUCCGCACGUUCCCGGUGAACAGGGUCGACCCAGCGCUGUUUCGCACCAGGUCCAAGGCGCGGAAAGAUCGAGAAGACAAGCCAGACAAUGACAGCGGUGAGGGCAAGCAGUGAUGCAUCGCAUGAGUGAUCAGAGAAAGUGUGCCGAGGGAAAAGUAACAUCUGUAUUUAGAUGUAAUGCUCAUUGGGUGAUUCUGUUGCGGGAACAGAGACCUAGAUGUUUAGGUUGGAAGCUUGUGUGAAAAGCAGGCUCACUUAGGUGGUGUGCAGAGCAGAACGAGCUGCAAAGUAAUGCAUUGAAAUUAAACUUAUCAUAGAAUCACGUAUCUAUAUAACUACAUUUGAGAAGGGAAAUUGUCAUGGAGACCAUCGCGCGUAAGGUGUUACAAAACAACUGUGGAACCCUUGCUUCUUCGGGAUAUAGACACUACAUUAACAUUUAGUAUGUCUUAAGCACGCAAAACGUUUGUUUCGUUUCGUUUAUCGUCUCGCCACCCGACUUCAUCUGGUCUUUAUCACACAC